CGCAGAAAACCAUAAACUCCUUUUCUUUGUAAAAAAAAAAAACAAAAACUAAAAUCUCUUCAUAUAAUAAUAAUAAUAAUAAUUCAUAAUUCAUAAAACAAAUUCUCAUCAUCAUCUUCACUCACAAUCUCAUAUUCAAAUCUUUUCAAUCUCACAUUAUCACUUUCAAAAUCUAAACACAAAAUUAUACAAACAGAGAUAUGCAGACGGAAGCUAGGGUUAGGGUUGUAGAAGGCGGUGGUUCGUCGCAUAAACUAGUGGCGCGUCACCACCAGACGCCGUCGCAACAUCACCGAUCGCAGAUCGGAGCGCUUUCUCAACUCAUCGCCGGUGGUGUCGCCGGUGCCGUUAGUAAAACCUGCACCGCUCCUCUUGCUCGCCUCACUAUUCUCUUUCAGGUGCAAGGCAUGCACUCCGACGUUUCUACUUUAAAAAAGGCUAGUAUAUGGCGUGAAGCUUCACGUAUUGUCAGUGAAGAAGGUUUUCGUGCAUUCUGGAAGGGAAACCUUGUAACAAUUGUUCAUCGUCUGCCGUACUCAUCCAUUAGCUUUUACUCAUUUGAACGCUAUAAGAAUUUCCUACAGUUGAUGUUGGGAGCGGAAGGCCAUGAGACAAAUUUUGGUUCAGAUGUGUUUGUACGACUUGCGGGUGGUGGCUUAGCUGGCAUAACCGCCGCUUCUGCAACAUAUCCUUUGGAUCUUGUUAGAACACGCCUUUCUGCACAAAGAAAUGUAAAUUACUAUAGAGGUAUAUGGCAUGCUUUACGUACUAUCAGCAAGGAAGAGGGCGUCUUUGGACUCUAUAAAGGACUCGGUGCUUGUUUAUUGGGUGUUGGUCCCAACCUAGCAAUUAGCUUUUCAGUUUAUGAUACUGUGAGAUCUUACUGGCAAUUGCAGAGACCGGACGAUUCUACUGUCAUGGUGAGCCUGGCUUGUGGUAGUCUUUCAGGCAUUGCUUCAUCAACAGUAUCCUUCCCUUUGGAUCUUGUGAGGCGACGGAUGCAAUUGGAAGGUGCAGGCGGCCGGGCCCCGGUUUAUAAAACUGGAGUUUUCGGUACGUUUGGGCACAUACUACGGGCGGAAGGCGUACGCGGUUUAUACAGAGGCAUUUUGCCUGAGUAUUACAAGGUAGUACCGAGCAUUGGCAUCGUGUUUAUGACCUAUGAGAAACUUAAACAAGUUUUAUCGGGUAUAGAGGCAUGCUAAUUAGUAGCCAAUUAGCCAUUGUCAUCAUCAUUAUCAAAACGUUUCGCGUCUGUAAAAACAUCAUUUCCCUUGUACAGAUUUAAAGGGAAACAUUAAACGGGAAACAACCCAUUAACCGCUUAUUUUCAGUAUACAUGUGUUCGGUUUUAUUUGAUGAAUUUGUAACGGCCUCAAGUUUAAA